AUGGCCGCUGUACAAACCCGGCCCUACAGGCGAAUCCUGACUUCGGCCCUGCACCGAAGAUUUGUUCAUGCUUCUGCACUCUCACUUUUAAUCUCUUACAUCAUCGCAAUUGCGAUCGGGGAUAAAUCGUCCCUUUUCUGGGUAUGGUUCCCCUUUGGUAGUUGCGGCGUUCGAACCGUGCUACUAUUCAUAUCCUCCCUCACCAUCUUCGUCCUUCGCGUCAGUCAAAUGCACAUUGGCGCGAGAACAGCUCGUUCCUCGCUUGGCACGUUGAAAUCCUUCACUCUACUACAAGUUGCACAAACCUUCGGCUGGUAUAUUUUCUCGGCAUGGUGGUUCACUCAAAUUUAUGUGUGGUCGUCUUCGGGUGAUUCCAAUCUUGAGCUUGUGAAACGGGGCCGACCACACGAGCGAGCUACUCUAAAUGAAAGGCCGAUCUACCUCCAUUCAUUCCAUAUACUCCUGGCAUGCGUACAGGCAGUGUUCCAUCUAUACUAUGACUACGACAGAGUUGUAGUGCCCAUCGCAGAACGGAGCAUCAAAGGAAAAGAUGAGCGCACUCACCCAGUGCAACCGACUUCCGACUAUCUACGGGUCGCCUUGCCACAAACAUUGGCAGCCGGGGCGAUCAGAAGCGUUAUUGUUGCUGCAGCGACUCUUGUUCUGUACCCCAUCUUUUUCAGACGCUUCGCGUGGAGCUGGUCUCUGUACUUUGCCAAGCUCUUUUGGAGUUUCCCGAGAUCUGCGGCUGAACCUCAGAGCUUUGUUCCCACCAUUUUCCCCUACUUCUUCUUCAGGACUUUGCUGCCGGGAAUGAUGCUUGUCCUGAGCUGGCAAACAGCUAACCUGUUCUAUUCCGUGUUCAUUGGCAAGGAGCCUCUGAAGCGGGGUCAGCCACUCACCACAGAAGCUAAGGAUCCCAAUGCCAGCCUCAUCAAUGGCCUCAAUGCGAAGAAAGAUGUGGUGAAAACCUUUGCACUCUGGGAACUCAGUCUCAUAAGCCAGCGUAUGCCUGACCGCCGAAAGGCCAUUUUCAGCGAUAUUGACCGCGAGGGUGGCUCUGCUUGGAGUCAGAUUCUUGACUGUACCACCGGUGUAAUUAAGGCUAUCAACACUCGCAUUGAAGAAAGCAAAAAUCCUGCGAGUGGAGCUAAGUCUUCGCCGCAAGCUGAGAAGUCUGAGCCCGUUCUUAAGACUCUCCCGCGACUCACUGAUCCAAUCAAAGAUGAUCAUAUCUUUACCACCGCCCCAAAGGCUACUUCGCGUCAGGAUAAGUUUGGCGAGGCCUUCAGCUCAACUGCCCGAUCCUUGGGUCAGUCGGAGGACUGGACCCCAGCCGCACGAGCCCGAGUCCGCGAUGUGUUUGACCGUGCGUCUGCUAUGCUCAGCCCUGAGCAGAAACGAAAGUUCGUCGGCUCUACUCAGAAGCUCAAGCUUCUUACUAGUGGCACCUUCACAACCUACAAACCCGCGGAUGUCAACCCAAUUCUGGCACGAAUUCUUCGAUCGCCCAUCGGCCAACCCCUCUGUCAGACAUAUGCUCAGCGUCUCUCCUCCGUUGUUCUUGGCACACCAGAGUCUUCUCUAUCUUUGAUUAUAGACUCUGUGGAGUCACUGACCCGGCUCCUUGUGGCCAGUUUAGCCGAAGACCCCUAUGGCAAAGCCCAGGCUGAUGUGCCAUCUGUCGUGCGACUUCUAACCCAGACCACACUCUCCCUGGAUGCAUUUGCCCACCAGGGCGGCUUAGACGCCCACUGGACAGAUAUCGACUUCCCUCCACCGAGCGAUCCCAAGGCGCAAGAAGAUGCCCGUCGGGUUCCAGAUGUCGAGAUCUUGCUUACCGCACUCCGUGGUGGCCUCAAAGAUCUCCUGGUGGCCUUCAAGCCUUACCUGCGGGACAUUGGUAUCGCGGGUAAGGAUUUGAGGCUAGCAAAGGAAGCUGCUGGAAUUGAAGAGGAGGAGUCGUUAUGA